AUGGUGACUCCCUCUCUGAAGAAGGCAGCUCUGGCUGCCCUGUCCCUCUUCCCGCUCCUCUCCCUAGCUUCGCCGGUGCCAGCAACAGCCGAAGCUAGCGUACAGACCCGGCAGUCAUCGGGAUACAAGAACAUCGUGUACUUUACCAACUGGGGUAUUUACGGCCGCAACUACCAGCCAGACCAGCUGCCCGCGUCUCAGCUCACCCACGUGCUCUAUUCCUUUGCCAACAUCAGGUCCAACGGCGAGGUAUUCCUCUCCGACACGUAUGCGGACCUAGAGAAGCACUAUCCCAACGACUCAUGGAAUGACGUCGGAAACAACGUGUACGGCUGCGUCAAGCAGCUCUUCCUGCUCAAGAAGGCGAACCGCCAGCUCAAGACGCUGCUCUCCAUCGGCGGCUGGACCUACUCGGCCACCUUCCCCGCGGCGGCCAGCACAGCCGAGAGCCGAGCCCUCUUCGCGUCGUCGGCGGUCCGGCUCCUGGCCGACCUGGGCUUCGACGGCCUCGACAUCGACUGGGAGUACCCGGCCAACGAGCAGGAGGCGGCCAACUUCGUCCUCCUGCUCAAGGCGGUCCGCUCGGCCCUGGACGACUACGCGGCCCAGCACGCGCCCGGCUACCACUUCCUCCUCACCAUCGCCUCGCCGGCCGGCCCGAGCAACUACGGGCACCUGCCGCUGCGCGACAUCGCCGGCGUGAUCGACUUCUUCAACUUCAUGGGCUACGACUACGCCGGCUCGUGGAGCACCGCGGCGGGACACCAGGCCAACCUGUACCCGACCGCCGACGCGGGCAGGACGCCCUUCUCGACCGACAAGGCCCUGUCCGACUACGUCGCCGCCGGCGUCGACCCGGCCAAGAUCGUGCUCGGCAUGCCCAUCUACGGCCGCUCCUUCGAGGCCACCGACGGCCUGGGCAAGCCCUUCACCGGCGUCGGCCAGGGCAGCUGGGAGAGCGGCGUGUGGGACUACAAGGUGCUGCCCCGGGCCGGCGCCACCGUCCAGUACGACGAGGAGGCCGGCGCGACCUACAGCUACGACCCGGCCACGCGCGAGCUCAUCAGCUUCGACACGGUCGACAUGGUCAAGAAGAAGGUCGACUACGUCAAGCAGAAGGGCUUCGCCGGCAGCAUGUUCUGGGAGGCCUCCGCCGACCGCACCGGCGACCAGAGCCUCAUCGGCGCCAGCUUCGGCGCCCUCGGCGGCAUCGACCAGUCCCAGAACCAGCUGUCGUACCCGGACAGCAAGUAUGAUAACCUCAGGGCCGGCUUCCCGUGA